AGUGCAAGUGUAAUUGCUCACUGGAAUGAUCCAAUAAAAUGUUUCUAUUUUGCACACGUUGUUUCGUCAAGUUUGGAUUUUCAAACUACAAACGAAAAUUCAGUUCAAAAAUAGCACCGUUCUGUAGCUCGAACGAGAAGCGCCGUGUUGUAAUUACUGGUUUAGGAAUCGUUUCACCUGUUGGGUGUUCAGUACAGGAAGCAUGGACUAGCAUCUUAUCCGGAAAAUCGGCCAUCAGUAAGUUAACUGAUGUAGCCUAUGAGCAUUUACCGUGCCGUGUGGCAGGCCAGAUACAUCAAAAUAUGAUUGAUGUAAAUGCCCAAUUUACCAAAAGUGAAAUAAAAACAAUGUCUCGAGCCACGGCGCUAGCUUUAAUAGCGGCUAAAGAAGCACUGGGGAUGGCUAAGUGGACUCCAUCGGCCGAUGACACUAUUUCUCUUGAGCGUACAGGUGUAGCAAUUGGACUAGGUAUGGUAGAUCUAUUAGAUAUAUGUGAUACUAAUGAGGCACUGAAGAGAGGGUACAAUCGGGUGAGUCCCUUUUUCGUACCUCGAAUCUUACCUAAUAUGCCAGCUGGUCAAGUUAGUAUGAAAUAUGGAUUUCGAGGACCAAAUCAUUCUGUUUCAACGGCCUGUGCAACAGGAGCUCAUUCCUUAGGUGAUGCAUUUCGUUUCAUCAAAUAUGGUGAUGCAGAUGUGAUGGUUUGUGGUGGCGCUGAAGCAUCCAUCAGCCCUCUAGGUAUAGCUGGUUUUUGCAGACUCCGAGCGCUAAGCACAUCUUUUAAUAACGAACCAGAGAGAUCCUCUCGUCCAUUCGACGAAUCGCGAGACGGGUUUGUUAUGGGUGAAGGAUCUGCUAUUUUCGUGUUGGAAGAGUUGAACCAUGCUAAGGCAAGGAAUGUUCGUAUAUUAGGAGAAAUCUUAGGAUAUGGUCUUUCGGGGGAUGCUUCACACUUAACAUCUCCCCGAGAAGAUGGUACUGGUGCUGUUUUAGCAAUGAGUAGAGCAUUGAAGGACGCUCAAUUAGAUCCAGCAGACGUAGGCUACAUUAAUGCCCAUGCGACUUCCACCCCAAUCGGAGAUGCGAUUGAAGCACGCUCGAUAAGGUCUUAUUUCGUGGAUACUUGGCAAGAGAUUGCAGUUUCGUCAACUAAGGGUGCGCAUGGACAUCUGCUGGGUGCGGCGGGAAAUGUCGAGUCACUUUUUACUGUACUAGCUUGCCUUGAGGGAAAAGUGCCUCCAACAGUUAACCUAGAGAAGGUGCCUGUCGAUAUGCAAGACAUGAACUUGGUUGCCAAAGAAGCUCAAGAAUGGUAUAGUUGUCAAAGAAAAAGGAGAAUAGCUUUAAAAAAUUCUUUCGGAUUUGGUGGGACAAACGCCUGUCUUUGCUUAGGAGAAUACAGAGAAUAA